CCGAACCCACUGACGCACACAACUGAGAGCAGCAUGAACAGGUGUGUCGGCAAGUGAUUUAAUCUGGUUGUUUUCCCACCCAACCGACUUGUUCGCAAACCCACCUUAACAAAAAAAGUAGAGCAACGAGGAUUUUCCGACGGUAUUCAAAACCGGGCAGGAGUACCCAACCUUCGUUGCUUCCUUCUGACUUUUCAUUUACCUUGCCAGAAACCUCGACCCAUAACCACAACGCGCUAACAACAUCAACUGAAUCUCUUCGCGCGAUUUUUCCUGCAUCACCGACCGUCAAGAUGGAGAGCAUCACGAGCCAAACGAUUCUCAGUCCCAACAGCAGCGUCUCUACGGCCUCCCCGCGAAACUUCAACAGCGACUCGCCGCCACGCAACAUCACCACGACGACAACCGACCCCUACGAAGAAGAUGCGGUCCUGCUCAGAUACGAACUUGAUGUUCCUCACGACUCCGAGGUGGAGGACCUUGGCAAGUACGUGAAGGGCGGUUACCACCCCGUUGAGAUCGGAGAUUACCUAGGCGAUGACGACCGGUUUCGCGUAGUGCACAAGCUCGGCUUCGGCGGAUAUGGGACGGUCUGGCUAUGCCACGACAAGUUCUCCAAGAAGUGGCGCGCCGUCAAGAUCAUGCAAGCGAAAGUCUCCACGCUCGAUUGCGCUGACCUCAAGGCCCUCGAAACUACUUUCGCCGGCCUUGACGCGAACGUGCUUGCGGCCAACCAUAUCCAGCUUGCACUCGAAUACUUCUACAUCAACGGGCCAAACGGACGUCAUCUCUGCUUCGUCCUGCCCUUCCUCGGGCCGGACCUGACAGAAAUAUUUGGCGUCUACGGACACGUUACCUGGCUCAUGAAAGAUAUCUGCUUCCAGCUGGUUGAGGCGAUGAGGUUCAUUCACUCUCUCAAUCUCUGCCACGGCGACUUCCGAACCGCCAAUAUCCUCUUGCGGCUCGCCGACGGCGUUGAUGAAUGGGAGGAAGAGGCAAUCAUGGGGAUGCUGGGCGAACCCGAGUUUGUUCCGGUCAGGCGCAUAGACGACGGACAUGGGGCCGAGCACGAACCCGGCGUCCCUGACUACCUCGUCGAGCCUGCCUAUGUUUCCUACGGUUCCGGGGCCUGCUCGACCGAGAUCGCCGUCAUUGAUUUCGGCGUCUCGUACUGCGCUGCUAAGCCCCCAACCGAUCAAGGCACCGGAAUCCCCUUGGAGUCGGCAGCGCCAGAGGAGCUCUUUAAGCUGUACGACUCUUUGGGAUUCCACACCGACAUCUGGGCUCUCGGCGUUGCCAUUGCCCGGGUCCGUUUCGGCUUCCCCGCCGUCGCCAACAAACGAGACUGCUUGGUAGAGGCCGUGCAAAAGCUGGAGUCCACCAUGGGGCCCAUGCCAAACCCGUACCGGACCGUCUGGAAGAGCUGGAACGGCAAGUUCGCCAACUGCCAGAAUGGGCCCCGUGAAGCACUCGAGGACGAUGGCUGGAAGGACGAGUCAGUCUUCGCUACGGUCAAUACGAAGAGGCACGAGGAGCUCCAACGCCAAAGACUCCUCGAAGGGCGGCCCGCACACUUCCUGCAAUACCGGAUGCACCAUCCAAACCGGAUGUUCAUCGGCGAACAAGAUGCCAAAAGAAUCGCUGCCCGAGCUGCCGCCAACCCUCGUGUCCUGCCCGGCAACGACUGCGCGGCAGAGGACGGGGAUGAAGACGAUGAAGACGAAGCUGACUACAUGCUGGACGAGACAGAAAGUGCCCAACUGUAUGACCUCCUCAUGCGGAUAUUCAAGUGGCAUCCCGAGCAGCGGGCGACUCUGGACCAGAUCGCAAAUCAUGAGUGGUUCGGAGAGCGCAACCGGCGGUGGCAACUUGGUGCGUCCCCGGCACCAUCCGCAUCCGCUAGGGACAACCGGGCUAAGAGAAAGGGCUGGGAUCGGCUUGCUGGAGCCAUUGGCAGGAUGGUGGCUGAGGUCAUCGACAUUCUCGACCGCAACAAGAUGGGACGCGAGGAGUAA